GAGCCGCCGCCGCCGCCCGCCGAGCCGAGGCGAGCCGAGGCGGGCUGGCGCUCCCCACAAAGCGCGGCCGGGCGGCCGCCUGGAUCCAGCCCUGCCGCAGCUCCCGCCGCUCCUCCUCGGGCCCCCCCGGCCGCCGGGGCAGCCCCCUCCUUCUUCCCCCCCCCCCGCUUUUCCCGAUCGGCGGAAAAAUGUCGGUCUGCCUGGCGGAGCUGCGCGGGGAGCGGCGGCGGGGAGAGCUGUGCAGAAGUUCCCCACGAUGUCCAGUGAUAGGCAGAGGUCAGACGAUGAAAGUCCAAGUACCAGCAGUGGUAGUUCAGAUGCUGAUCAGAGGGAUCCACCUGCACCUGAACCUGAAGAGCAAGAAGAACGAAAACCCUCUGCCACCCAGCAGAAGAAGAACACCAAAUUAUCCAGCAAAACUACUGCUAAGCUAUCUACUAGUGCAAAAAGAAUCCAGAAGGAGCUAGCUGAAAUAACCCUUGAUCCUCCUCCUAACUGCAGGUCACCUUUUAAUGGAGCUGUAAAAGAAAAGGAAUUUUGUCUUCAUGGGAUGAGGAUUGCCUUCAUUGUAAGAAGAGUGACAGAAGGAUUACUAGGGGCUUAUUCAAGGAAAGGGCAGAAGAUCUUUUUGGAAGAGAUGGGAGGCAUUCAGCUGAGCCAGAUGGAGGAAGAGAGUGCCGGUCCUAAAGGAGAUAACAUUUAUGAAUGGAGAUCUACUAUACUUGGACCUCCAGGUUCUGUAUAUGAAGGAGGCGUUUUCUUCCUGGAUAUCACAUUUUCAUCUGACUAUCCAUUCAAGCCACCAAAGGUUACUUUCCGCACCAGAAUUUACCACUGCAACAUCAACAGUCAGGGAGUCAUCUGUCUGGAUAUCCUGAAAGACAACUGGAGCCCUGCUUUGACUAUUUCAAAGGUUCUGCUGUCUAUUUGUUCACUUCUGACAGACUGCAACCCAGCUGACCCUCUGGUUGGAAGCAUAGCCACUCAAUACCUGACCAACAGAGCAGAACAUGACAGGAUAGCCAGACAGUGGACCAAGAGAUAUGCAACAUAAAUGACAAACUACUUGUGCAGUGUGAAGGUGCAGAAGGCAACUUUGCAGUGUGCAACAAAUCUUUAUAGCCUUUACAAUACGGACUUCUGUGUAUAUGUUAUACUGAUUCUACUCUGCUUUUAUCCUUUUGAAGACUGGGAUACUGCCCCCCAAAAAGGUAAAUGCUAUCAAGAGUAGAAGUUUGUAGCUGUAGAUUAGUUAUGUUUAAAAUGCCUACUUGCAAGUCUUGCUUCUUUGGGAUAUCAAAAUGUAUUUUGUGAUGUACUAAGGAUACUGUUCCUGAAGUCAACCAAAUAUUAUAGUGCAUUUUAGCCUAAUUCAUUAUCUGUAUGAAGUUAUUAAAGGUAGCUGUAGAUUACUAGGAAUUAUGUCAUUUGUAUUAAACCCAGAUCUAUUUCCAAUAUGUGGUACAUGCUGUUGUGGAAACUGUUUUAACUUUUACCUUUGUCAGUUUGUAAUGAAAGGAUUUCCUUUUUCCCUUUGUAGCUCAGAGAGCACCCAGUGUAUCAUCUCAAACACAAUAAACAUGUUCCCCAAGGAGUAGUUUCUUUGUUUUCCUAUUUUAAAUUAAUAUUUUAAUAAAUUUAGUUAUAGUAACAAGGCAAGGCCAAUGUAUCACAGAUCCCUGUGGAUAAUUUUUAAAUUAAUAUACAUAAGCAAAGACUUGCUAUUAAAUGUUUAAUGCACACCUGUGGAUUAAGUUUCCCUGGUUUGUUUUUAACAGAAGAAGUGAAAUUUCUAAAAUUCUCUGAAAUUUAAUACUUUUCAGCUCUUUCUCAAGUUGAAAUUAUCACAUUUCAUAUGCUUACUCCAGAAGUUAAUGUAGCUGGUUGCUUCAGGGCCAGUCCUGCUGUCAGAACAGGCUGCCUCAGUCUUGCUACAAAGGUUUUUUGCAGGAGGAUGGCCAAGUUAGAGAUAGUCUGGUGCUUUUUUUCUGAGUAAAGCAAGUUGGACUUGCUGACCUAGAGAACUGAGUUAUCCAUUGAAAAAGGUCUUCCAAAGCAUGAUUGAACACUGUAUCAUCUACCCAGAAAAGAGAGGAGUACAAUGAAUUUAAUCAGAUUUAUAUGACAUAAAAACAGUUGUGGGGGAUAUAACCUUUCUUAGUAAAAAUGAAAUCUGUAAAAGUGUUUUAGACUACCUUUUCCCCCCUUCACUUCCUGCCUUGGAAAUUUUGUAACAUCUGUAAGUACAAAAAUACAGCUUUAUAGUACAGUUUAAAAGGUAGAGUCACUAAUAGUUUUAUAAUUUAAGCUUUUAUAGUUUGCCAGUCACAGUGUUGAUUAUAAAAAAAAAGACACUUGAUUCCUUUAAAUGAUUUUUAAAAUUACACUUAAUUUUAAAUUUUGCAGUCUCCCUUACUACCUGGUGUUUUUGGAGAUAAUGUAGCACUUGCAUCAAUAAGAUGCUCUGCUCAUUUAAUAUAUGAAAGCUGAAUGUUAAGUUUAAAUAUUAAAUCAAUACAGAAAAUACUAAAGAUUUAAUCUAAAAUUAACCAUUACUAUACAGGUCCCUGGUUUUUGUAUCACAUAACCUUUGACCAUGAAUUGUCCACCCUACUUUAAAUAUUUCUACAGAUGCCUGAAGGUGGCUUGAAGAACUGUGUAUCCCAAAUAUCUCAACCUAGAAGCCAAUCUCUCUUGGUAGCUACAAGAUAGCUUUAGAGUUCAGGUUAAAAAGUGCAAAAGGGAAUGAGAAACGGGAUCUGGCAGGUGAAUAUGCCUAAGUCAGGUAACAGACUAAUGCCAGGAGAUGAAGUGCUGGAAAUCACUGCUGAAGGUGACCAGAAUUUCUUGUCAUGUCAUUGGAUGUGUGAGAAAUAGCACAGAUUGGCAAAGAAACAAGGGGCUAUCACAUCUGGGCUGCACGUCUGAAGUCUGCUCCCUGCUGACCAUUAGUGCACUUGUGGGCCACAGGGUGCUCCUACACCACUCCAGUGACCUUCCAGGGGAGAGCAAGCUAUGGAGUUCAUGCACUAACUGUGUUGCCUACAGAAUUUACAGAUAUUUAUAUCAUAAAAUAUUCUGCUAUAAAAAUACAGGUUUUAAUUCUAAUUUUAAUGUAUUUUGGGUUUGUAUCGUACCUACAACUUCAGACACCUAGGUGUACAAAUGGGAUGCCUUGUUAGUGUUGCCCCAUCUUGCCUUCCUUGCAAUUGGAUCCUUUACACUGAAUUCCCAUCCUCUUUUUUUUCUUUUUUUUGUUGGUUUGUCAUGAUUCUGUUCUUUUUUAAUGUAGAUUUUUUUUUUGUGUGUAAAUUUUAUAUUUACGGAAGUAAAGGUUGUUUUUGUGUAAACAUUUAAACUUUAAAAGAAAAAGAAAAGAAGCUAAUUUUGUUUCUCAAGUUCUCUCUGCUAAACCAUGCAGUAGAAAGAAAUUUGUAUUGUUAAAUAAAUCAAUUAGUUGUUAAAUGAGAA